AUGUGUGUUGAGAGCGAAUUAAGUAUUACGAAUUCAACUGAAGUGUUCUUUCUUUCAGUCAAGGAAUUUCUGGACAAAGCUCGAGAGGACUUCAAGCAGCGAUGGGACAACCCAGCUCAAAAUACGGCCGUUCUUGAUGACUUCGACCGUAUCAAAACCCUUGGAACGGGCUCGUUCGGGCGUGUAAUGCUUGUGAAGCAUAAACAGAGCAGCAGCUACUACGCCAUGAAAAUCUUAGAUAAGCAAAAGGUUGUGAAACUGAAACAAGUGGAGCACACACUGAACGAAAAGCGAAUUCUACAGGCGAUCGAUUUUCCGUUUCUUGUCAACAUGCAGUACUCCUUUAAAGACAACUCAAACCUUUACAUGGUACUCGAAUUCAUUUCCGGUGGCGAAAUGUUCUCUCACUUGCGUAGGAUCGGACGUUUCUCUGAACCGCACUCUCGCUUCUAUGCGGCUCAGAUCGUGUUGGCUUUCGAGUAUCUGCACUCGCUUGAUUUGAUCUAUCGAGAUUUGAAACCGGAAAAUUUAUUGAUUGACAGUACGGGAUACCUCAAGAUCACUGACUUCGGAUUCGCGAAACGGGUGAAGGGUCGCACCUGGACGCUGUGUGGUACACCGGAGUACCUGGCUCCAGAAAUUAUUCUUUCUAAGGGUUAUAACAAGGCCGUGGAUUGGUGGGCACUCGGCGUGCUGAUAUAUGAAAUGGCAGCCGGCUAUCCACCGUUUUUUGCCGACCAGCCCAUUCAAAUCUAUGAAAAGAUCGUCAGCGGAAAGGUCAAAUUUCCAUCACAUUUUUCAAACGAGUUAAAGGAUCUACUAAAGAACCUGCUUCAAGUCGAUCUCACGAAGCGCUUCGGAAAUCUGAAGAAUGGCGUUGCUGAUAUCAAGAACCACAAAUGGUUCGGCAGCACUGACUGGAUAGCAAUUUACCAACGAAAGAUCGCUCCAGCGUCAUUCUCGAAAUGUGAGCCGGGUCGACUGCUCGAGGCGCUCUAUCCCCGCGUCGAGGGACCAGCCGACACACGGCAUUUUGUGGAGGAGGUGAAGGAAGACGAGCACUGGGCCAUCGCCGCCGAAAACCAGCAUGCUGACACGUUCGCCGAUUUCUAA